CUGGACUGAUUUGAAGAAGCAGAAAAGCAAAAUGAAUGAAGUAAAGCUUGCUAUCAUGGGCGGGGAAGGCACAGGAAAAUCUGCCCUGACUGUAAGGUUUCUCACCAAGAGAUUUAUUGGAGAAUAUGCUUCCAAUUUUGAGUCUAUCUAUAAUAAGUACUUGUGUUUGGAAGGGAAGCAACUGAACUUGGAAAUCUAUGAUCCAUGUUCUCAAUCACAGAAGGCAAAAGUUUCCCUUACAACUGAGCUUCACUGGGCAGAUGGGUUUGUUGUCGUGUAUGACAUCAGUGACAGAUCUUCGUUUGCUUUUGCAAAAGCCCUGAUAUACAGAAUUCGGGAGCCACAGACUAGUCAUUGCAAAAGAGCUGUCGAGCCUGCCGUGCUUUUGGUUGGCAACAAGCAAGACCUCUGUCAUGUGCGUGAGGUUGGCUGUGAAGAAGGACAGAAGCUGGCUUUGGAUAACCGAUGCCAGUUCUGUGAGCUGUCAGCUGCAGAGCAGUCUCUGGAGGUAGAAGUGAUGUUUACCAGAAUUGUCAAGGACAUUCUGACCAACUUCAAACUCAAAGAAAAGAGAAGACCCAGUGGUUCUAAAUCAGUUGCCAAACUGAUCAAUAAUGUAUUUGGAAAGAGGAGGAAAUCUGUUUAGUAAAGACAUUGAAUCCUAGGGGAUUUAUUGUAUCAAAGUGUGUUAGACCAUGUGGUAAUUGAAUUUAGACUCCAUAAGCAAUUUAAAAAAUACUUUCAGAUGUAUGAAAUGAUAGAACGUGAACUACAGCUGUAAUUUCAAAUAUAGUGUCUGUGUUUCUGUUGACUGGAUCUGGUCCACUCUGCUGCAUGUACAACCUCUCACUUCUUGUAAUAAAUAGCACUCGCUGGCUCUUGGUGUAUUGUUGUCUAGUUUGCCAUGGACAUCCUGCUUAUGUAAGUUUAUACAGCUACUGCCCCAAGGUUUAUUUGCCUUUGUUUUCUAUCGUAUAUUUUAUUUUGCAUGAAAUGAAUGA